AUGGAUUGUGCAGUAACAAUAACGAUUGAUAAUGAUAUCAUUGGAGAUCCAGAUAUUGAAUGUCUUGAUGAAGAAAUUCGUAUUUUUGUUAAAACACGAAAAAUUUUCAACG